GCUGCGACCACUGCGGCUGCGAGGGUGGGCCCUUUCGUGUGGCCUUCGUAUCCACCGACAAGGGGAAGGGGGUGACCUCCGCCCGCCUGUACUCGUCGGAGACUGGCGCGUGGAACGACAUCACCUCUCUUCAUCACCCCGAGGCCAGUGCCCACUUUGCGGCUAGCGUCCAUGUGGGAGACGCGCUCUACUUCCGCGGCAUCGAGAAUUACACCAUCGAGUAUCAACUUACGACAGCCCGCCUGUACGUGUUGGAGGCGCUGGCCAAGUGUAAUGGGAGGCCUGGGGUUCGCCGCUGUGGAUAACACCAUCAUAACCCUGUGGGCAAGGGAGACUGGCUCUGGCGCCGGGGGAGCAGAGAUAUGGACGCAACGCAGGGUAAUCGAUCUCAAGACGCUGCUUUCUGGAGAUGCCCUCUCACACUCAAUUAACGGAAUCAAAUACUAUAGUUGGAUUCCCGUUGUAUCUGUGGUCGGCUUUGCUGAGGGCACUGAUACCAUUUUUGUUGGCACCGUUGCUUGCGUCUACAUGAUUGAACUCAAGUCAGGCCGGGUCAGGAAGGUGCUCGAUGACUUUGGGAGAGUCUGCGCCUACAUGAGCUUCUACAUUCCAGACAUGGAAGUAGCUUCUACAGCUGAGGGGCCAAAAGAGUGUGUUUUAAAUCUAUGACAAACUCUAUAUGCUGGAGCAGGGCUUCUUCAUCAAGGUGGAACUGUGGAAGUGACUUGUAGUGAUUUCAUACAUAGCCUAAGUGGUGCAUUGUGGUACAUGACUUUAUAUAGGACCUGCAAGUCCACUUUUUAUUGCUGUUCUUCACUUGGCCUUCUGGCCUUAUGGGACUUUGUUAAUGGCUUGUUUCCCUCAAAUCGUUAGCUUUGCCUCUUGGUGUCAAGUUUCACUAUGGCUUCACUAUAAGGGAUUGCAGAUCAGCAUAAUAUAUAC